AUGAAUGAUCCAAAUGAGCUUGAACAGCUCCAAGCGGUCGUCCGUCGGAUGGCCGUGCAAUCGCAAUUCGAACAAGAUCUAAUCACUAAAAAGAAGCUCGAGCUUGAACAGACCAACAAGGCAGCACGUGCCAAUGAUGUCGUGUAUCAGAAGUAUCUACGCUACUACGCAAUGAAGGACUGUCUGCGGCUCGUGAAUCUGAUGCAUCAAAAGCUCCCCGUGGAACUACGCGACUUGGUGUACGAGUUCCUCUGCGUUGAACCUGAUCGUCCGAUUCCCGUUGGGCCAUACUAUCACUUCCGCAGAUACGAUAAGCCUUUUCACGAUCCAUUACAGAGAGAACAUUACGACGGCUUCGUGGGACCAACGAUUUCGUUCGGGGGGGCACCACCAGCUCCUUACCGCGCUAUCACCGGUAACAAUCCGGACGUCGAUGUGAAGACGGGGAAAGCCGAUGAUAGCAACGAUGUACAAUUGAGCCUGGAACUUACAGAACGCAUCGCGAACUUGAAGUUAAUCCAUCGGGACUAUGAAUUGAGUUUGGUCGACGACGAUAAUAUCACUGUCCUCCCUGACGGCCGAGUCAGAGAAGAACACACACACAAGCCACCGAGGGAUAUGCCACUUUCAUCCAGCCAUUUUCUGGACCCCAGAUACGUUGGUGCGAAAGCUGCGUAUGAGAUACAGAAGACAUACUACGCGCUCAAUACGUUUUCCAUAUGCAGCGUUGAACGAGCUAUAUUCGGCUUUUCCGAGAACCACUCCGGCCACAACAUAGCGGGAUACGAGGACGAGGAUGGUACCCCCUGGGAAGUACCGGAGGCCGUUCAGACAAAACCACUGCUGUACCCCAGGAACCACAUCAGGAAUCUCCAGGUUCGCGUCAAAUUUGAGCAGUUUAUCGAAGACAUGCAAAGAGACCACUUCACGGAACUUGAUAGAUACUCCUACGAACGACGCUUCCUCCGCUUCACUGAGCAAAAUUUGGAAGGUCUCAGCCAAUUUCUGAGGGAGCGAUCCAGACACGAUAUCAACAUCGAAUUUGUCGUCAUGACUGAGCUCCCAGAUUUCCAAGAUGACGAGUUUGGAUUGGGCUAUCAAUGCAACUACGUGAAUUUUCUGCAGUCUAUCAGAAACUGGGUAUACAUCAUGAAGUAUGACUGUGACAACAUCUCUGUCAAGGUCACGCAUCACGACCCGAUCAUGUCGGUUUUUCCGCGUGACAUCACGAGAAUAUUCGGUUUGACGCAAAAGCAGUGGGAGCAAGUAAGUAUAGCAAUCGCCAACGUCAGGCUAAGUGUCCAAGAUUGA